GAAAAGAGGAGAAGAGCGGAAGGAUAUGGGGGUGAUUCAUGCAGAAUGAUCCAAGAGCGUCUAUGCCUUGCCCCAAAAUCGGCUCACCUUCACUGCACCUAGUUGUGGCAUUGAAUCCCUGUGCUCUAGAAUUGGCGUCUGAGGGCAGGAGUAAACGGGUGUCAUAUCCGGGUAUUUUUCAGAUUCCACCCGAGUCGAUCUCCCACGAUCUCCCUCGAGUUCCUCCCUACGCACCAUUAUAUUUCCUCAUAUCUUUCUCCUUCCCAUCUGCGCAACAAUCAAGAUGAAAUGGGGAGCGAGAGGUCAGGCGUAUGAGAAAGUAGCCUCAACGGAACCGGAAGAAGGCGGUUGGGAACAGCGGCAAGCAGUGCCCUUCGUAGUGCGCAUACGGAGGAAUCUUGCGACAUGUCUCAACAUCAUAUUCUUCGCCUCGAAUAUCAUCCUAUUUGGGGUCACGCUCUGGACGGCGAAGCAGCAUAAGUCGCCGAAUUCGUUGCUCAGGCAAACAAAUGCUUUUUCGCCACUCCUCGACCGCUUCGAGUUCACCUUCCAGAAGGUAAAGAAUAACGCGAGUCUCUUCAACCACCCCUACAGCAUCUACAAAGACGACCCAUCGCCCGAAGUGGAUGCCGCUUGGGAAGACAUCGCGGACACGCCUGUUCUUGUCAUCGACAGAGAGGAUGUGCUGAAGAUCGGGAAAGAUCCUGAAUAUGCCGUAGCGGUGCCCGAAGAAUUCGGAUAUGGCGAAAACAAAUACUUCGCCGUAAACGACGGCCAACACCUCAUCCACUGCCUCAACGAAGUCCGUAAGUUCGCCUACUACGACUACUACUACCUCCCCACCCAAGGUCCUGCGUCCUCACUCCCCGCCCUGCAUGCAGCGCACCGCUCACAUUGCAUCGGCGUCCUACUCGAUGCGCUCACAUGCCAACCUUCGCUCAACGUGGUGUUGUUUGAGUACAUGGAGGGGCAGAAUGAUCCGUGGCCGGACUUUGAUAUUUGGAGACAGUGUCAGAACCAUGGCCAGUUCUUCGAGUGGAUGAACGGCCUGCAGGUGCCAAGAGAGAAGAUUAAAGGGUGGGAUUGGAGUAAGGGACGGGGGAAAGAGAGGCCCAUGUUGGAGGAGCUAAAGAAGCCAAAGGGGGGGGGAGCUGAGGAGGGAACACAUCAGGAAGAUAAUAGCGGUAGUGCGCAUGGACAAGGACACGGCCACGGCCACGAUGGGACAUGGUCUUGAGUCCAUAUCAUUUCUAAUUCAUUACAUCACUAAGGGUCUCCCGCCCAUGCAGU